AUGAUUGAACGUUUACUAGCACCAACUCCUCCAAGACAAUUGACUGAACCUCUCACUGAACAUCCAGAAUUAACUCCAACUUCAUUAGUUGACUAUGACAUUGUGGGUAAUAAUACACUGAUUCUUGGUGAAAACAAUUGCGUUCAAUGUGGUUUAAUAAUAAAAGAUGAAAGUUAUUUACGUGUACAUAAACAUGGAAUCUUUCACGAAAAUUGUUUAAUAUGUUAUCUUUGCCACCGGCCAUUGAUUACCAUUGGCGGAGGAUAUUUUAUUCGAAAUAAUUAUGAGCAACAAUCACAUUUUAUUUGUCGACAUGAUUAUCAAACAGCUAAUAACAAUAAGUAA